AUGACUAGUACUAAAAAAAUAGGAACGCUUGUGGUUGUAGCUUUAAAAGCUAGGAAUUUAGCAGCUCGUGAAGUGUUUGGUAAAGGAGAUCCUUAUGCUACAUUUCGUAUAAGCGACAAGGAAGAAAGAAUUCCUGCAGAUAAAAGAGGAGGUCAGCAUCCAAUCUGGGAUAAAGAAGUGCGUUUUGAUAUUCUUGAAACGUCAUCUCAUAAAAAGAUGAUAGUUAAAGUUUAUAAUGAAGAUAAAAGAGAUCCUCAACUUAUUGGUGAUAGAACUAUUGAUCUAAAUGAAGUUUUAACCAAGGGUGAAUGGGAUGGAGAAGUUUUUCUUGAAAUGACAUUUUAUGCAGUAGGUGGAGCAGGGAUUCCUCUACAACGAAAAAAACUACCCUCAAGACCAAAAUCUGAAUCGCCUGUUUCAUCGCCGCCACCUGCUUCUUUUAUUGCUCCUGCUGCUGUUGCUUCUACCACGUCAGCGCCAGCUGCUUUUGUACCCCCAAAUGCAUAUCCACCUCCAGUAAAUACCAACAAUAGUAACCAAUUUAUUCCUCCAAUAAAUGCCAACAACAGUAACCAAUAUCCACUUCCAAUCAACAAUAAUAACCAAUAUCCACCUCCAAUCAAUACCAACAACAGUAACCAAUAUCCACCUCCAAUCAAUGCCAACAACAGUAACCAAUAUCCACCUCCACUUUCAGUCAAUAAUAGUGGUCAAUUCAAUAGCAUUCCUCCAAUCAAUAACAACAAUAGUGGUCAAUUAAAUAGUAUUCCUCCAAUCAAUAACAACAAUAGUGGUCAAUAUGCUCAAAUCGCAAACUCAACAGCCUAUCCACCUCAAAAUAUUUAUCCACCAAUUAACCCAUUAAUGUCACCACAACAAAAUUCAGCAAGCUUUUUUCCGCCACCACCUAUUCAACAAGGUUAUCCUCCAUCAAAUAAUAAUUUUGGUGGUGGAUAUCCUUUAGUUUCUUCACUACCACCUUCAAAUGAUCCAUCAUUAUCUGUAUCGUUUCCUAUUCCUAUUCCUACUCCUACUCCAAGUGUUAGUGUUCCAAACUAUGCAUAUCCACCGCAAAAUAUUUUAGGAUCAGGUUACCCACCACAAAAUAAUUUAGGAUCAGGUUACCCACCACAAAAAAACUAA